GGUAACAGGUUGUCUACGACAGGACAGGGCUGUCUGCCUAUCCGAUCCACUAACGUUACGAUUUUGUAUCUUAAAUUACUAGAAGCCCCAUACAUUGCUGGAAAGUAUACGGCCGGAUGAGGGAUAACACAUUUCAGAUACUGAAAAUUCACUGAGAACCAAGAGUCUGACAACUUUCCCACAAAAGAAGUAUGUCUGCCGCCCCUGGCAGCAAGGCCCCUGUGGAUUAUGGCCUCCAGAUCCGCUUCAUAAACGACCUGCAGGACUCGGGAGGGGGCCCAGGUUCGGGCGGGGUAUCCCGACGAGACGCCCCGUCUAAUGCCCCCUCCAGUGGCGGUGGCGGUCGGCCCUCGCGCUACGGGGUGGCGGUGCGUGUGCAGGGCAUCGCUGGCCAGCCGUACGUGGUGCUGAAGGAGGGCCAGAAGGGCGACUCGUAUGGAGUUCAACUCAAGACGCACAGCUACAACAGCCUGCCCAGACACAGAGAGGCCCCUGGCCAGAGGUCCUACCCCCCCGCAGACGACAGCGGCUAUCUCCGCCGCGCCCAGUCUCACGGCUCCCUGUUGGACCGAGACGGCGACGCCAGCGACGAGUUCCCCGACCACCUGGGCCGGCCCCCAGGAGAUGGACGCUCCGGUAGCUACGGCAACCUGGACGGAGGGCUAGGAGUUGGAAGAGAGAGAGGGCGGAGAGGAGGAGGAGGAGGGGGGUUGCAGAGGAACCAGUGGGGAGGGUCGCACGGCGUGGGGCUCAAUGGUUCGCCGGGAACAGGCAGUGAGUACGGCUCCUCGGAGUCCUUCCCCGAUAGCCCCCCUCGAGCUGCCAGCGCCCCACACCGCCAACCCCCACCCACCCAUCCCCCACCCCACCAGCCCCAGCAGCCCCCACACCACCAGCCCACACCCCACCAGCCCCAGCAGCCCCCACCGAACCACAUCCCCGUCAACCGCCUCAUCAGCCAGUUCAACGGAGGCCGCAGUACCGGCGGAGCUGCCAGGGGGCGCUCUCCCGACGUGGACUCGGGACGCCCGGCUGCCCCUCCCCCUUACGCUGCCGCCUCCCUCGUCUCCAACCCGUACUCCUCGCUCCCCUCGUCCAGUCAGAGCAGCCUGGGCCGGGGCGCAGGGUCCGUCGGCAAGGUAACGCCAGUGCACAAUUCCACCUCUCCCUCAUCAGCCAAUGAGUGGCAGUCUCAGGGGCGAUAUGUUGCUGUGGAGACUGCACCUGCCAAUCAAGUAGAGGCACAGGUAACCCCUGACCUCCUGCUGGACCAGGGUCAGAGUUCAGGCUCAGAGUUCUCCAAUGAGGACGACCAGAUUCAGCAGAUGAUCUACAGUGUCUUACGGCAGGGGAGCACAGAGAGUGAUGCUGUCAUCAAACAGAAGGUCCGAGUGCUCUGCAGCAAGAUCCACACUCUCAAGGGUCCUCAGGCUGUGAGGGCUGACCCCAUCCUGAAGGCAGAGCUGGAGGAGUCGAGGGACGAGUGUCUGAACCUGCAGGAGCAGCUGGACAGAAAGAAGAUUGAGCUUCAUCAGAUACACACUGAGCUGACUCAGUUGCGGAUGGACAGGGAGAGUGCUGAGGCUCGUGUGCGGGAGCAGGAGGAUCAGCUGGCUGGACUGCAGGACGAGCUGAGGAGAGAAGCCGAGAACAGAGCACACACCGACACACUGCAGACGGAGCUGAUGGCGUUGCAGGCAGAGCAGGUGGAUUCGCAGGCAGCGCGUCAGAAGCUGGACGAGGCGCUGCGGCAGAGAGAGCGCGAACUCACCGCCCUCAAGGGGGCGCUCAAGGACGAGGUGGCCACACACGACCGCGAGAUAGAGGCCCUCCGAGAGCAGUACAGCCAGGACAUGGAGAGGUUCCGCCUUAACAUGGAACAGGUGUCACAGUCUCAGGCUGGUAUAGAGGCGGAGCGGCAGCGUGUGAACAGCUCGGUGAGGUCUCUGCAGCAGCAGCUGGAGGAGAGCAGGGAGGAGGGCGAACACUGGAGGACUCAGUUCCAGAGCAGCCGGGACGAGCUGCGCUCCACCAAACAAGAGCUGCUUCAGGCUCGCUUGGAGAAGGAUGAGUUUGAGGAGGAACUGAAGGAGCUGCAGGAGAAAGUGGAGCUCAUGAAACAGCAGAUGCCUGACCCCAAACAAGCAGAUGCACUCAAAAAGGAGCUGGAGCGUUGCCGUGGCGAUCUGAAGGAGGCUCAGGCGGAGGUGGAGAAGGUGAGGUCUGAGCGGGACAGGAAGCUGAUGGAGGUCGUGACCCUGAAGAAGAGCCACCAGGAGCAGGAGGCCGAGCUCACCUACGAGCGGGACCGCCUCCUCGAGCAGACGCGCCGCCACAAAGACGAGCUGGCCAAAGCACACGAGAAAGCCAAAACGCUAGCUGAGCCCUCAUUGGUGGAGGCUCUGCGCGUGGAGCUGAAGGAGGCGGAGUCGGAGUGUGUGCAUCUGCGUGGGCGCCUGGCAGAUCAAGACGAGGAGCUGCAGACGGAGCGAGAGAGACUGAUGUCCACGCAGACGCAGCUGCACACACUCCGCCACCAGAGAGAGGAGCAGGAGGACGCACACACACGCCUCAGAGAGAAGCUCACGCGACUGGAGUCCCAGCUGCAGGAGCGCGAGUGCCAGAGUUCGGAGGCCGAGCAGGAGCUCCAGCAGGAGGUGCAGAGGCUGAAGGUCCAGCUGGACGAGGCCCGGCGAGGCAGCUCCACGCUGGGCAGGGAGCGGGACGAGCUGACCUUCCGCCUGGAGGAGGGAGAGCGGGAGAAAGAGUCACUGCGCAAGGAGAUCGGCCUGCUGGAGGAUCAGAAGAGACAGGCCGAGAGAACACUGGACAGACUCACCAAAGAGCUGGAGCAGGCGUCGGCGGAGGGCCGCAAGGCGGUGGAGGUGGUGCAGGUGCAGCUGGAGGAGCAGAGGGAGAGGGGCCGCCGCGAUCAGCAGGAGCACCAGAAACUCGGACGCGAGCGCCUCGCCGAGCUGGAGAAGGCCCAGAGUGCACUGCGCUCCGUCCAGGAUGAGCUGUCUCGGCAGAAGAAGGAGUACAUCGCGUGCAGUGAGGAGAAGGACAACGCUUUGCUGGACCGGGAGCUGCUGACCAAUCGCCUGCGCCACCUGGAGGUGGAGGUGGAGAACCAGCGCGGCAGCCACAGCGACAAGACCCGAGAGAUGCGCAGCAUGGAGGAUAAGAUGAAGCAUUUGGAGCUGGAGCUGGAGGAGGAGAGGAACACAGUGGAGCUGAUGACUGAUCGCAUCAACAGGAGCAGAGACCAGAUAGAGCAGCUGCGCUCUGAACUCAUGCAAGAGAGGUCCUCCAAACAAGAUCUGGAACUGGACAAAAAUGCCCUGGAGAGACAGAUAAAGGAGUUUAAGAGCCGCGUGGUGGAGAUGGAAGGGCAGUCACGCUCCUCGUCUGGUGUCUCUCAGCUGGAGUCUAAAGUCCUUGAGCUGGAGGAGAGACUGCACUCUGAGGAGAGGGAGAAGAAUGCUGCCCUGUCCUCACAGCGUCGCUUGGAGAGGAAGCUGAAGGACCUUAACAUGGCACUGGAUGAGGAGAGACAACAGUCUACUGACCAAAGAGACCAGCUGUCUCUGCGGGUGAAGGCCCUGAAGCGGCAGGUGGAUGAGGGGGAGAGUGAGCUGGAGCGGGUGGAGGGUCUGCGCAGGAAGGCCCUGAGGGACAUGGAGGAGCAGACGGAGCUCAAGGAGGCCCUGCAGGCACGCGUCAGCGCCCUGGAGAACGAACUCAAGAGGAAGGCCCAGCAGGCCAUGCGUCCCGUGCUGGACUCCUCCGCCCUCAGCUCAGACGACGACUACGACGACGACCUGUACGACCCCACCAGCAUCGCCUCCAUCCUCACCGAGAGCAACCUGCAGACCAGCUCCUGCUGAGAGACCGCUGGCGGUGGAGACGGCCAGGCCACAGGCCGACUUACGUUUCCGUAUAGAAUCUACGGUGUUGGUGCAGCACAGCCGCAUUAUUUUAAAGCCAGACAAAUGAUACUAAUAUACAGACGUGGCCAUUUACAGAGGUCGGUCUAUCAUCCAUCUUCAUUUAUUUUUUCCAGCUAGCAUUACUCACACACGUGCAAUUAUAAAUGCUCACAGUUGUGUAGACCUCUCGCGCGGGCUACAGCAUAGGUUUUGCAUAGAGCCCAUGCACAGUGCAACCAUAAUUAAGCCGUAUGGCCUUAUGUACCAACAGCUUAGAUUCAAUACAGAAGCGCCAGCCGGAGCAGCAAGGACACUUGAGGGGUUCUACAGGGUUCGAACAGCACUAAGGAGGGGUGGGUGGGGUCUGUGGUGGGAUGCUUGGGGUAUCGAGGUAUCAUGCAAAGGGAGGGAAUGCUAAUAGCGCUGGGGUAAAGCUAAUAGCGCUGGCCUUAGGCUAAUAGCGCUGGGGUAAAGCUAAUAGCGCUGGCCUUAGGCUAAUAGCGCUGCCUUAGGCUAAUAGCGCUGGGGUAAAGCUAAUAGCGCUGGCCUUAGGCUAAUAGCGCUGGGGUAAAGCUAAUAGCGCUGGCCUUAGGCUAAUAGCACUGGACUUAGGCUAAUUUAUAUGUUUUGAUUAGUAGCAGAGGUAUGGACGGGGCAGAUGCACUGGAGUUACGCAAUAAGAUACUCUGUUACGCAAUAAUGGGAGAUAGCGCUAGAGAGGUGGAUACUCACUGAGUUUACAUAGCGAGGUAGCUUAGUGCAGAAAGGGUAGAUACUCACUGAGUUUACAUAGCUAGGUAGCUUAGUGCAGAAAGGGUAGAUACU